UAGCUGCUACGGAGUCCUACGAGGGUCAGUCCGCGAUUUGUUUUCCGCGUUUCAGCUAUCGGGGACUGCAUCCUAGCUAUCCUUGUGUUUUCCCCUCUCCAGGAACCAGGAUUGGUUUGAUAAAGCACGGCGGUGAACGGGUUAAGGAGUCGGGGGGUUCAGAUUCCUCCUCUCCUGCUCGCCAUGAUGAACAAAUGAACUCUCGGGGAAUGAAAUUUAAAUUUCACAAAGGAGAAAAAGUUCUCUGCUUUGAACCAGACCCAACUAAGGCUAAAGUGCUGUAUGAUGCAAAGGUGGUUGACGUUGUCCUGGGCAGAGAUGAGCGGGGCAGGAAGGUCCCGGAGUAUCUGAUCCAUUUCAACGGUUGGAACAGAAGCUGGGAUCGCUGGGCCGCAGAGGACCAUGUUCUCCCUGACACAGACGAAAACCGCAGACUGCAGCGAAAACUGGCUCGCAAGGCUGUGGCUCGCAUGAAGAGAAAGGGAUGGAAGAAGAGACGCUGUCGUCUUCCAGGUGUUGACUCAGUGCUGAAAAGCCUACCUGAGGAGGAGAAGGGAAACAGUGAUGAUGCGUCUCUGAUUUCUUCUUCUGAAGACAGCGAAGAGGGCAACUCGGAGGACGUUGAAUCAUUAAAAACUGAGAGUGACUCAUCUGAAGACCUGGAGGAAAUGAAGGAAGAACAAGAGGCUCACGCCAAACGGGAAAGUGAGGAUAAAACAAUCAAGAUCGAUAUCCCUGAGGUUCUUAAGAAAAAGCUGGAGGAUGAUUGUUACUAUGUCAACAAAAGGAAAAAGCUGGUGAAGCUUCCCUGCCAGAUGAAUAUCGUGAACAUCUUGGAGUCCUACGUGAAACAUUUCACCAUCAACGCGGCCUUUUCCGCCAACGAGAGAUACCGGCACCCCCAAGGCGUGACUCUUGUUGGAUCUAACCCUCACUAUGUUCCCCCCGAAAGAAAUGAGGAGCUGUGCAAGGAGAUGGUGGACGGGCUGCGGAUCACAUUUGAUUUCACGCUCCCAGUGAUUCUCCUGUAUCCUAAUGAGCAAGCUCAAUUCAAGAAGGUCAGCUCAUCCAAGGUGUUCAUGCCCAUUAGGGAUGCAGCCGUGACUUCUGGAAGGAUGCCACGGGAGUGCUCCCCCAGCCCCCCAGGCCUGAACCCCUCCACGCCGCAGGCCUCGGACUGUCAGUUGGCCCCUGGCGAGCCGUCCACGCCGAAACGGCGGCGUGCCGACUCUGAGGCCCCCAUGUCCCUGCGCCGUUCCACCCGUCACACCUCUGGGGGGGACCGGCUGUCUGACCCCGGGGCGUCCCCCCAGCCCAAGAGGCGGCACUCGGAGAUGGCUGCCUCGCUGCCGAGAUUCAUCCUCAACCUGGAGAAGAGGACUCCUGUUCACAGCGGCUCCUCCUCACCCUUACCGCUGACUCCCAGUAAGGAGGGCGGCUGCGUCUUCUCAGCCCUGGAGAGCAGCAGGAGCAAUGAACUCAAUGAGGUCUUGAGCUGGAAGCUCACUCCGGAAAACUACCCGCAGAGUGACCAGCCACCCCCCCCAUCCUACAUGUACGGCUCACAGCACUUACUACGCCUCUUUGUGAAACUCCCAGAGAUCUUGGGGAAAAUGCACAUCCCUGACAAGAACCUGAGGGCUCUGGUGAAGCACCUGGAGCUCUUCCUGGGGUUCUUGGCGGAGUUUCAUGAGGAUUUCUUCCCUGAAUCUGCCUAUGUGUCUGCCUCGGAGGCCCACCACAGCAUGAAGAACCCCCGGGCCCUCUGCUGACGGCUUGCCAGGCGGGGUCGAGAGCUCCAGUGUCUUCCUGCUGCUGUUAUCGAUGAUGGUGCUGGUACUGCGCCUUCGGCGACCAGCUGGCCCUCCGUGAUGCAGCUGCCCUCGCCUCUCUUCCAAUGGCAGAUGAUGGAGCCCAAGCCCUUUUCUGCUUCAGAUCUUCUGGACCGCUGCGGCCACGUUCUGGACCCCUGAGCCUUGACCUGGAGAUCUGUUCCUGCUUGGUGACUCCUGAUAUGCUGUUCAGCUUUGACUGCAGCAGUGUUUAUUUUUUUUCGGGAGACAUUAGGCCGAGUAAAGUGGAAACCUUUUUAAAGAUGAUUCCCUGUUGAUUUGGAUGUUUUCUCCCAUAUUGGCCUUCACUGAACUCUCUUAUUUGCUGACACAAUGGUCCAGCUGUGGAUAUCACUGUUAGUUUUUUAUUUUUAUUUUUAUUUUUUAUAUAUAGUUUUGAGAAUAAAAAAAUGUUUAUAGAACAGUUCCCAUCAGCAAAGUUUUUUUUCCUCUUCUUUUUCCAUUCUGCUGGUCUGUGUUUUUUUUUCUUGCAGUGUUAUGCUGCUGAAGAAAAAGGUUUUCAGGUCAAAUUCAGACAGCACAAGUUCCAUAUAAAAUUUCUUUAUAAAAGUCUGUCAUUGCAAUUUUUUUGUACAUUCUGAACGUGUCAAAUUCAGGUUCUGAGAUGUUGUAUAUGAAGCUGAAUUUCCCUCUAUUGUCAUGCAUGGGUUUCCUAGGUUGUGUGUACGAUGCAGGAGUAAUCUCCUCAAAUGUGAGGGAUACAUUUUUCUGUAAUAUUAAGUGGUGCUUUCAUAAACAUCAGCUUGGGUAAACACAAUGUAGUUUAAGUAUUUUGUAUUGGGAAAACAUUGUGGAUAAUACCGUAAUACUGAAAUUUGCUUCAUUUCCACUAUCUGGUGUGAACACAUUACUGAACUGCAUUGUAAUAUGACACAGAAGGUAACAUUAAUUGUCCUUGUCACAUUUGGAUGUGUGUGGGGAAAAAUGAACUGACAUUGGUCAUAUUCUGCUGUGGGGCGAGGACAAUGUGCAAAGGCUAGGGAUGAGUGCGAAUGCAUAUUUACAUUGUGUUAUGGUGUCCUAAGCUGAGUAUCUGCUUCUUACCAUCAAGUUGAUCAUUAGACCUCAGUGAGCAAAAUUGCCCUUACUCCUAUAUAUACUACAUAUACUUAUGUCAUAAGUUUUAAACUUCAUCCAUCCAAAAAUGGCUGCCCUCCUGUAUAAAAAUGUGAAAUAGACUGCACAAUAUGAGUAAUUAAUGCAAUGAGAAAGGCUUUAGGAUUUUAAUGUUUAAUGUAGCUGUCCAAAGCUUAGCCGUCUGGGGAAGAACAUUAUGAAAGCAGUACAGAAUGAAGUUUAAAUGAGCUUCAUCAUCUUGGGUUGUAGAUGUCGGCGUAUGGUGACUGACUUACUGUGCUGUUUCACAUUAAUAUUUCAGUGAUGUUUUAAUGAGCUUUUCUUUAUAGUGAUAGAUUCAUGGUAUUUAAACUGGAUGUUUUUUGUCAUGCAAAUGAUGAUUGAUAAGCUUUUUUGCUGGUAUUUCAUAUCUAAUUUGCAGCUUUAUGAAGAGAACCUAUGAUGAAGCAAGUAAAUAUGCAAUUUAUACAAGCUGAAUGGAAAAUAGAAUUAAAGCAUCUAGGGUAAACUGUAGAGCCUUCAUGUUGAAAGAGAUAUAUGUAGUUUCACCAAAUGCAAAUUUGCAGAAAAGAAUAUCAUUGGGACAGCUAGGGUUGCAGUAAAACCAGCUGUAUGUGUAGUUGGAAUAAUAACUUGCAUUUUCUAUAUAAUGUUACUAAAAUGCAUGUUUAGAACUCUAAAAGAUACUUAUGGUGCUUUUUCUCACACUUGUAAUCAGAACAUAUUUUUUCCAGUACUGAAAAUGUGCUAAACAUUGAAUUGAGGGGAAAAAAACGGGGAAAAUAUAUAUAUAUACACACAAUUUUUCUAUAAAAGGAACUUUUUGUAUAGAACUAUGCCAGUGCUUAACAAUGGGAGUCGUAUAUUUGUCUUUAGUAUUUGCUGUGUCUUUAAUCUCCAAAUUUUAGGUAUUUCAGUAAUACACAGGGUAACUGAAAACAGUGAUUUUGUGGUCACAAAGCAGUCCUAAAAUUUAUAAGAAUACUGCAGAAAAUAUUUUUCCUCUUCAUUUAAAAAUAAAGGUUCUUUAAUGAGUCUGA